UGAAAAGAUUUCUUUGUCCUCUAUUUGAAUCCCACGUGGACGUGAAAACAAAAUAAACUUACUCAAUAUAGAAAUUUAUCUCAUUUACUACAAAACUCCUCAUAUUUUACGGAAAUUAGUGAAUAUGGCAAGAAGACCAGAGCACUCAGCUCCACCUGAAAUUUUCUACAACAGCGAUGAGGCUAAAAAAUACUCAACCAACACUCGAAUUAUUGAAAUUCAAAUUGAGAUGGCUGAACGAGCCUAUGAAUUGCUUACACUGGAUGAAGAUGAACAGUGUUUUAUAUUAGACAUUGGUUGCGGCUCAGGGUUAUCGGGCAGCGUUCUUGAUGACAAUGAUCAUAUUUGGGUUGGUGUAGAUAUCUCGAAAGCGAUGUUGGAUAUAGCUUGCGAACGGGAUGUAGCAGGCGAUCUCCUGUUAGCGGAUAUGGGAGAGGGUAUGCCGUUCAGGCCGGGUACUUUCGAUGGAGCAAUAUCAAUUUCUGCCCUGCAAUGGUUGUGCAAUGCUGACAAAAGCUCACACAAUCCGCAUAAAAGACUUUAUAAAUUCUUUUCUACGUUAUUCUCCUGCUUGACACGUACAGCGCGCGCUGUAUUUCAGUUUUAUCCCGAAAACGCGGAUCAAAUUGAAAUGGUCACAUCUCAAGCCAUGAAAGCAGGUUUUUAUGGUGGUUUAGUGGUUGAUUACCCCAAUUCCACCAAAGCAAAAAAGUAUUUUCUAGUUUUAAUGACCGGCGGAACCGCGCCGAUGCCAAAAGCGCUAGGAACGGAAGAAGAGGAAAAACGAAUAAGUUAUAUCAAAAAACGUGAUAUGUGCCGAGAAGCCCGAGGCAAGCCAAUGAAAAAAUCGCGUGAAUGGAUUUUGGCUAAAAAGGAACGCAGGCGACGACAAGGUCGUGACACACGCCCUGACACAAAAUAUACGGGCCGCAAACGAAGUGGAAAAUUUUAGCGAAGUAAAUGGUAACAAUUUGUUUUAUGUAUUAAAUCAAAAUAUACUAACCAUACAUUUAUGUUACAAUU